AUGGACCAAACUGGUGUGAAAGAGGAAGAGAUAGAUGUCCGUGGAAGUCGCCUGUGUUUGCAAAUCGUCAGCCGGAGUUUGCCCCGGCCAGCCCAACAGACCGCAGUCUGGCAAGUCCUGCAGGAGGACGGGGGGAACAUAGAGCCUUUAGGCGACAAUAACGGAAGCAAGGUCAAGAUGGAGGAUUGUCAGUAUGGAGGAAAGGAGCCACAGGAUACGUCUGGGAAAGCAUCACAGAUGGGCCAAGCGAAUGUGAUGGAGACAGCUGAGAUGCACAAAGAAAGAUGCAAGUCCGAAGAGGGUCAGGAGACAGACACAGAGGGAAGAGAGAAGGAAUGUCAUAAAGUCACGGAAGAUCUUACAGCUGCGUUUAGUCCCCCUUCCAAAGGACGCUCAAGAGACAACAUGCCCAUGUUCUCCAAGUAUGGUAGAAGAUAUCGCUACAAGUUACAACCUGAUGUGAUAGAUACCGCGGAGGAUCUGGACGAAUGCCCCAUGACAGAUGAAAAUCUCCAGCGAAAUCCAUGCUUCGAUCAGCAUCAACGAACAAUUAAAGGAGGGUGUAAAUCUGAAUUUUCUGAGAAUGGCAACCAGGGUAAUUUGAAUCGACUUCAGAUUAACCACCCAGAAGAGAAAUCUCAAAUCCCUACUGACUGUGUACAGCACUUUAUUUAUACAAAAUCACUAAAGCAUAAUCAAGAAAUUCAAAGUGGGGGGAGGCCAUAUGAAUGUUCCCAUUGUAACAAAUGUUUCCACCAGAAAGAAGAAUUGAUGAACCAUGAGCAGCUUCAUACUGGAGAGAGGGUACGUGAAGAUCCUGAGUCAGGGGAAAUCUUCGCUAGACAUGAGAAAAUUGAUACUAGAAUGAAACCAUACGAAUGUUCUCAGUGUGGGAAGUGCUUCAGUUAUAGAGGCAGUGUGAGAAGACACCAGAGAAUUCAUUCUGGAGAGAAACCAUACAAAUGUCCUCUCUGUGGGAAAUGCUUCACAGAGGGAAGCAUGUUGAAGAAACAUCAGAGAACUCAUACUGGAGAGAAACCAUACAAAUGUUCUCAGUGUGGGAAGUGCUUCAGCGUGAACACCAAUUUCAAGAGACAUCAGAAACUUCAUUCUGGAGAGAAACCAUACAAAUGCCCUGAGUGUGGGAAAUGCUUCAUAGAGGGAAGCACGUUGAAGACACAUCAGAGAACUCAUACUGGAGAGAAACCAUACAAAUGCCCUGAGUGUGGGAAAGGCUUCAGAGAGCGAAACACGUUGAAGAGACAUCAGAGAACUCAUACUGAAGAGAAACCAUACAAAUGCCCUGAGUGUGGGAAAGGCUUCAGAGAGGGAAGCAAGCUGAAGAAACAUCAGAGAACUCAUACUGGAGAGAAACCAUACAAAUGUUCUCAGUGUGGGAAGUGCUUAAGAGAAAAAGACAAUUUCAAGAGACAUCAGAGAAUUCAUUCUGGAGAGAAACCAUACAAAUGCCCUGAGUGUGGGAAAGGCUUCAUAGACGGACGCACGUUGAAGUCACAUCAGAGAACUCAUACUGGAGAGAAACCAUACAAAUGCCCAGAGUGUGGGAAAGGCUUCAGAGAGCGCAGCACGUUGAAGACACAUCAGAGAACUCAUACUGGAGAGAAACCAUACAAAUGCCCUGAGUGUGGGAAAGGCUUCGGAGAGAGAAGCACGUUGAAGAUGCAUCAGAGAACUCAUACUGGAGAAAAACCAUACAAAUGCCCUGAGUGUGGGAAAGGCUUCAGAGAGGGAGGCACGUUGAAGACACAUCAAAGAACUCAUACUGGAGAGAAACCAUACAAAUGCCCUGAGUGUGGGAAAGGCUUCACUCAGCAAGGCGUUUUGAAGACACAUCAGAGAACUCAUACUGGGGAGAAACCAUACAAAUGUUCUCAGUGUGGGAAGUGCUUCAGCGUGAACACCAAUUUCAAGAAACAUCAGAGAAUUCAUUCUGGAGAGAAACUAUUUAUAAUGCCUUGA